UCAGCCGGAAUCUCGCGAGACCCAGCGCCUAUAAAAGCUCUCCGCGGAGGGGUCGGGCCCACUCGCGUCUCAUCGCCGGGCCGGGCCGCGUCGCCGCCAUGAGCGCCCGGCAGCCGGACACCCCCGCGCUGGAGCAGCGCGUUGGGGCCGGGGCCGUGUCCGGCAGGAUGUCGUUGCCGCUCGGGGUGCCUCGCAGGGCCUUCAGCUACGACGACGCCCUGGAGGACACGGCGCCCAUGACUCCGCCGCCCGCUGACCUGUGCGCCAACGUGCUGUGGAAGGAGCCCGUCAAACCUGAGCGCAAGUACCAGGAGCUCGCCAAGAUUGAAGAAGGGGAUGCUAACAUGAACGCGCCUGUCAUCACUCCUUCAUCUUCCACUGAAAGCGUGAAUAAGGUACCUGUGGUGAAGGCCAAGGCCACUCACAUCAUCAUGAACUCUCUCAUUACAAAGCAGACUCAGGAGAGCAUCCAGCGCUUUGAGCAGCAGGCCGGGUUGAGAGAUGCUGGCUACACUCCCCACAAAGGCCUCACUACAGAGGAGACCAAGUACCACCGUGUGGCUGAGGCGGUCCACAAACUAAAAAUGCAGAGUGGAGAAAUGACGAAGGAUGACAAACAGGCAUCAUCUGCUCAGUCCACUCCAAGCAGCACCCCCCACUCCUCUCCCAGGCAUAAAAGCAGGGGUUGGUUUAGUCAGGGAUCCUCUGCUUCUAUUACUGCCCCAGACUUUGUUGCUGUGGAAGCUGGUGGGGACAGGUUGCCGUCUGAAAGGUGGAGUUUUUUUGGACCCAAAGCCAUCCAGAAAUCCACCACUGAUCCAGGAGGCUUUACCAUCCAAUCUUAUAAGGGUGCUCAGAAGCCAUCCCCAAUGGAGCUGAUGCGUGCUCAGGCUACUAGAAUGACAGAGGAUCCGGUCACCUUCAAGCCACCCAAAAUGGACAUUCCAGUCACAGAAGGGAGGAAACAGUCUUCACAUUCCCAUAAUAUCAAACCUCGGGAUCUGAAUGUGCUCACUCCAACUGGAUUCUAGGAAGAGUGGUGUCGUUAGUAGGCUACAGGGUAUCUUAGGCUCUGCUUUCCUGACCCAUUGUGCUGCAGUAAAACAGGAAUAUCUCCUUUCCAGCUUUCCAUCUCAGAAAAGGAAACAACUGUGACUGUCCUAAAUUCAGACCUCAAUUGGUCAUGGAAACACUCUUGCACUUAUACUAAACCAAUCUAAACCAUCCUCUCUGCUGUACUGCACUAGUCCUGUGUGCUCCCCAGUGCACUGUGCUGCAGUAAAACCUUGAACUGCGUUUUGUGGGAGAGGACUGCAUGUAGUGUGCAAUAGGCUGGCUUGUCUACCUGUAGUCUGUCUUGUCUCAUGCUCAGUGCUGAAGUUCUGUCAAGAGGACGAUGGUUCUGUCUGAUGUUUACAGAACACCAGCAGAAAAUGGUGAAAACAAGCAGGGACUGAAAACUGGAUCAUUAACUGCCAGGAGAAAAGCUACUCUGACAACAUGAUAAAUUGGCUCUAAAUGUGCAGCUCACUUCAGUUGUCACCUUGUAGUUCAGUUAGUACUUGUUCCUGGUUUAAUUUCAGAGGAGUGGAGCACUGUCUGUUCUAAGAUGCUCUUAUUAGGAAGGCAGGGAGGAGAAUCUAAUGGAACUUGACAGUAAUAAUGAAGAAUUGUUUAUCUUCCAAGUCUUCACAUUCCUCCAAAAAUGGGGGAAAUGACCAGAGCUGGUGUGGCUUGAACCAUGUGAUCUUUUCUGUGUGCAAAACAGCACUGCCCUGGCUUGUCCUAGACAACAGACUUACAGUAGUUGUGGCACUCUGGCUUGAUUGUUUUGGUUUUUUCCUAGCAUCCUGUGUGAACCGUGUGUAGAAGUGUUUUAGGCAUCAGUGGCACUUCUCAAAUACAGCUGUUUCUUUUUGUUUUGUUUCACGAGCAUUAAAUUGAUUUUGCAGAGCUGGCAGAAGGUGAAGAUCGAGACUAACCAUUCCUUCAUCCUCUAGUACAGUGAUACGUUGUUUUUUGGCCUAGUCAAACCCAGUUACUGCAGACAGUUAACGCUUUCAUGAAUAAUGGAAGGACCUCUUAGCUACCAGCCAGUCCCCUGUGCACUGUAGGCAGCAUUGCUGUGAUUGUUACCUGUCCUGUGGCAACCAAACAUCCUCUUUCUUGACAUCAUGAUUGUUGCAGAGUACCCUCAGCCAGAAGUACUUUCUGUAGUUGUAAGAGUCGCACCUUCAUUUGAAGCUUUUCUGUUACAAGGACUCUCAGAAUUGACUUAAGGUAACAGUUGUGCUCUGGAGCUUUUGCCUGCUCCAGCCAUCCGUCCAUGAGGGUGAGGCAGGAUUGGCUCACAUUGCUACCUGCUGUACCCUCUGAAUAAGUGCAUUUUGUUGCUCUGCUUCAUUAUAAGCUUCAACAACACUGCCAGGUAUUGAAAAUCUCCCACUCAACUGAGCAGUUAUUGUCACCAGUCAUUUGCACCUUGGGAAUUGAUCUCUUAUUUGAUAUUAAUUUAUUGUCUGUGUCAUGUCUUUAAUUGUAUGAUUUUUGUUUUUGUUUGUUACAAGAAAAUAAAAUCCUUGUGAAUUGA